UGAAAACUGCAAAUCAACUCCCAAGUUGCUGCCAUCGGAUCAGCACCUAGGGGAAAAAGCCAGAGUCUCUCCUAGCCAUAAAUAUCCCUAGCUCCAAGACGCCUGACGUCAGAGCGGGGCGGGCGGCGGCGCGAGGCCGGCCGGGAGGGAACAGCCUGCUUUCUCCGGAGUCCUGAGCAGCCAAGGACUGAGCUGAGCAAGCGGAGCGCGGUGCCUGCGGGAAGCCGGGACAGCAGCAGCCUCACCGUGCCAUGCGGGCCUCAGGCUUUGCUUAUGGACUCUCCUUCACCGGGAACACCCAUCCUUCACCCCGUGCUACCUGCUACCCGCUUUUGAGUUUGACUCCAUCUUCAAGUCAAAUGUUUCCUCUUUACAUCCUGCUGUGACCUUCUUUAUCCACACCAACAGAAGACAUCUUCCCCUUUCCUGAGACUGCUAAUUUUGUGCUGACUUACCAGUGGCCCAAUUAGCUGCAUCUUAAUGAGUUAUUCCUGACUUUAUUUUUCAAGGGCAGGAAUCAAUGGGACUUGUUUUAUCUGCUGCCUCCUCUACUCCUAGCUCCAUGCCCACCAGAAAAGUGUUAGAGGAAAUCCUAGUGACCUCUCCCUCCUCCUGAGAGAGAGUGCCAGUGCUGCAGAAGGGGCUUUGUGGGGCCCAGCCCAGCUGUGCCCAGGACCACCUGUUUCACAGUGUGGGUAGUAAGCUGAGAUGGCGCCAGCUCCUACUCCCUGAGAUCAAAUGCCCCUGCUUGUUUUGACAUCCCUUGGGGUGCAGGCCCCCCCCCCCCCCCGCAGUGUUGGAUGUUCUAGAUUUCAAAGUAACAUUUUUUUUUUCUUAGCAGCUACUGAAGGCCAGGCCCCUGCCAGCUCCUGGCCCCCUGUGUUAGUGUUUUCAGUUAAUUAAGAAAACAAACCCUGAUCCCUGACUGAGACAGUGAGGUAGAUAGAAAAGGAGGAGCCAGUGGUCAUGUCCAGUGCAGGAGAGGAUGGCCAACAGCUACAGGAGGGUGAGCAAGCUGAAGGAAGGCCUGCGUGAGGCCGAGGGCACCUCAGAUGCCCUCUCAGAGGGAGAAGGUUCCAGGGACUCAGCGCCAAACAGAGACGAGAGCUCAGCUUCUGCCCUUCCUGCCGCAUCUGGAUACAUCUGGACUUGAUGCAGGUGGCAAGAGGCCACUUGGAAGGCAACGAUUGUGCCAAUGAGGACCUAAGGUGCCUGCCCGCCAACCAUCCCAGCCUGCAGUGACCAUGGCCCUCCGCAAGAGGAGUCCUCAUGGCCUGGGCUUCCUUUGCUGCUUUGGAGGCAGUGACCUUCCCGAGAUCGACCUCCGGGACAGCCACCCACUGCAGUAUCUGGAGUUCUCCGGUCCCAUCCCGAAUCCUGAGGAGCUCAAUGUCCGCUUUGCAGAGCUGGUGGAUGAAUUGGACCUCACAGAUAAAAACCGAGAGGCUGUGUUUGCACUACCACCCGAGAAGAAAUGGCAGAUCUACUGCAGCAAGAGGAAGGAGCAGGAGGAUCCCAACAAGCUGGCAACCAGUUGGCCUGAGUACUACAUUGAUCGUAUCAAUGCCAUGGCCGCCAUGCAGAAUCUGUAUGAAACUGAAGAUGAGGAGACAGACAAGAGGAACCAAGUUGUAGAAGACCUGAAGACAGCCCUCCGGACACAACCCAUGAGGUUUGUGACCCGCUUCAUCGAUCUGGAAGGCCUGACCUGUCUGCUGAAUUUCCUCCGGGGCAUGGACCACACCACCUGUGAAAGCCGCAUCCACACAUCUCUCAUUGGCUGCAUCAAGGCUCUGAUGAACAACUCUCAGGGCCGGGCACACGUCCUGGCACAACCUGAGGCCAUCAGCAUCAUCGCUCAGAGCCUGCGCACAGAGAACAGCAAGACCAAAGUUGCAGUGCUGGAGAUCCUGGGUGCAGUGUGCCUUGUACCCGGAGGCCACAAGAAGGUUCUACAGGCCAUGCUACACUAUCAGGCGUAUGCAGCCGAGCGCACUCGUUUCCAGACUUUGCUGAAUGAACUGGAUCGAAGCUUAGGCCGCUACCGGGAUGAGGUAAACCUGAAGACAGCCAUCAUGUCCUUCAUCAAUGCUGUCCUCAAUGCUGGCGCUGGAGAGGAUAACCUGGAAUUCCGCCUGCAUCUCCGGUAUGAGUUCCUGAUGCUGGGGAUCCAGCCAGUGAUUGAUAAACUCCGGCAACACGAGAAUGCCAUCCUGGACAAGCAUUUAGACUUCUUUGAGAUGGUCCGGAAUGAGGAUGACCUGGAGCUAGCCAGGAGGUUUGACAUGGUCCACAUUGACACAAAAAGUGCCUCCCAGAUGUUUGAGCUGAUCCACAAGAAGCUGAAGCACACGGAAGCCUAUCCCUGCCUGCUCUCUGUCCUGCACCACUGCCUGCAGAUGCCCUACAAGCGGAAUGGUGGCUACUUCCAGCAGUGGCAGCUCCUGGACCGAAUCCUUCAACAGAUUGUCCUCCAGGAUGAGCGAGGGGUGGACCCUGACCUGGCCCCACUGGAAAACUUUAAUGUCAAGAACAUCGUUAACAUGCUCAUCAAUGAGAAUGAGGUGAAGCAGUGGAGGGACCAGGCAGAGAAGUUUCGGAAAGAACACAUGGAACUCAUGAGCCGGCUGGAGAGAAAAGAGCGGGAAUGUGAGACAAAGACACUGGAGAAGGAGGAGAUGAUGCGGACGCUCAACAAGAUGAAGGACAAACUGGCCCGCGAGUCCCAGGAGCUGCGCCAAGCUAGGGGACAAGUGGCAGAGCUGGUAGCCCGACAUAAUGAGAGCUCAACCGGCCCGGUGUCCUCCCCACCUCCCCCUGGAGGUCCACUCACCUUGUCUUCCUCCAGGACAACCAAUGAUCUGCCUCCACCCCCACCACCUCUCCCCUUUGAUAGCUGCCCACCCCCACCCGCACCACCCCUCCCUCCCGGAGGGCCUCCCAUCCCCCCAGGUGCCCCACCCUGCUUCAGCUCAGGCCCACCCCCAUCUCAUGACCCCUUCUCCAGCAAUGAAGCCCCACUCAGGAAAAAGCGCAUUCCCCAGCCUUCACACCCACUGAAGUCCUUCAACUGGGUCAAGCUGAAUGAGGAGCGUGUUUCUGGCACCGUGUGGAAUGAAAUUGAUGACUCGCAGGUAUUUCGGAUUCUGGACCUGGAAGACUUUGAAAAAAUGUUCUCGGCAUAUCAGAGGCACCAGGCUUGCAUGCAGGAGGGGCCCCAGAGAGAGAGAGGAAAUGUGAGAGACGGAGGGGCGGCGAGCAGACCUCUGCCAGCUGUGGAGAAAGAACUGGGCUCCACGGAGGACAUCUACAUAACCUCCCGCAAGGUUAAAGAGCUGUCAGUCAUCGAUGGCCGGAGGGCCCAGAACUGUAUCAUUCUUCUCUCCAAGCUGAAGCUUUCUAAUGAUGAAAUACGGCAGGCCAUCUUGCGGAUGGAUGAACAAGAAGACCUCGCUAAGGACAUGCUGGAGCAGCUUCUCAAGUUCAUCCCCGAGAAGAGCGACAUUGAUCUCCUAGAAGAGCACAAACAUGAGAUUGAGAGGAUGGCGCGUGCAGAUCGCUUCCUCUAUGAAAUGAGCAGGAUCGACCAUUACCAGCAACGGCUACAGGCCCUGUUCUUCAAGAAGAAGUUCCAGGAACGCCUGGCUGAGGCCAAGCCCAAAGUAGAAGCCAUCCUGCUGGCCUCCCGGGAGCUGACUCUCAGCCAGCGCCUGAAGCAAAUGCUGGAGGUGGUCCUAGCCAUCGGCAACUUCAUGAACAAGGGGCAGCGUGGCGGUGCCUAUGGCUUCCGGGUAGCCAGUCUCAACAAGAUCGCUGACACCAAGUCCAGCAUUGACAGGAACAUCUCUCUGCUUCAUUACCUGAUCAUGAUCCUGGAGAAGCACUUCCCAGAUAUCCUGAACAUGCCCUCAGAGCUAAAGCACCUAUCAGAAGCUGCCAAAGUCAACCUGGCAGAGCUGGAGAAGGAGGUGAGCAUUCUCAGGAGAGGCCUCCGAGCAGUGGAAGUGGAGUUGGAAUAUCAGAGACACCAGGCACGAGACCCCAAUGACAAGUUCGUCCCUGUCAUGAGUGACUUCAUCACAGUGUCUAGCUUCAGCUUCUCAGAGCUGGAGGACCAGCUGAAUGAGGCCAGGGACAAGUUUGCCAAGGCACUGACACAUUUCGGAGAGCAGGAGAGUAAGAUGCAACCGGAUGAAUUCUUUGGCAUCUUCGACACCUUCCUGCAGGCCUUCUUGGAGGCCCGGCAGGACCUGGAGGCCAUGCGGAGGAGGAAGGAGGAAGAUGAGCGGAGAGCACGUAUGGAAUUCAUGUUGAAGGAACAGCGUGAGAAAGAGAGAUGGCAGAGGCAGAGGAAGGUCUUGGCUGGCGGCGCCCUGGAGGAGAGCGGCGAGUUUGAUGACCUAGUGUCAGCCCUGCGCUCUGGAGAAGUUUUCGAUAAGGACUUAAGCAAGUUCAAGCGCAACCGGAAGCGGCCCGGGAGCCAGGUUCCGGAGGUCACCCGCGAGCGGGCCAUAAACAGGCUAAAUUAUUGACUUGGAGACUGGGGACUAACCACAGACCAGCAAGCCUGGAGACAGGGAUUAGAAGAAAGGAGUUGAAUAGUAAAAGCAAUGACUUAAGUGAUUUUGGAAAACUGGGUGUCGGAGCCCUGGGCUGGGUCCUGGGUGUCGUAUGCGGCUAGACCGGGUGUCUCCCGCACUGAAAGAGGGGUCUUUGCUUGUCUCCUGUAUAUUACCCACUUUCAUCCUUGUUCUGUACGUCUCUGUCUGUGCCCCUCCCCCUCCUGGCCAUCCUUCUCUAAGACUAGCUUGGGCAUCCCUGAUAGGCCCUCCCAGGCUGGGUGACACUGUUCUCCACACCUCAUGUUGGCACAGAGCUGUUUAAGACCCAGGAGACAUUCUUGUCCCAACAUUUUGUACAUUAAGUAUAUGGUGAUGGAGUGGAACCUGAGAGCCAGCAAGCAGUAGGCUCCUAUCUGAAAAGACAGCUCAACGGAACAUGGAUCUGGGAUGGGAACCAGGGGGUUAUGUGUUCUAGCUAGAUAAGCUCUAGUCUGUUCCAGAAAAACAGGACCAGGGCCAGCAAGUGAAUUAGUUAUCUGUCUGUGCCUUUUUCCUACACCAAGUCCUAGGGCCUCACUUCUUCCCCGGCUACCUCCAUCCCAUUUACUGAUUUCUGGUCUCCACAUUCCUCUCCGAUUCCCAGAACUCUGGCUCACCAUCAGCUUAUAGUGUGGCUCUGGUAAGGAGUGUCCAAGAAAGACUGUCGUCACCUCACCAGACUCAGGCAUAGGCCCCAAGGCAAACCCCAAGGUAACCUGACCACUGUCUUGGAGAGAGACCUCAGGUCCCCACCAGAAGGUAGCACUAGAAUGCUUCACUCGCCUGAGAGUACCCCAUCUACCAUCGCUCUCAGCUGACCCUUGGUGUGCUACAGUGGCCCCAGUCUCCACCUGCAGGUCACAGGGAGCUCCCAACACUAGGCUGCAGCUGGCCUUGGGAAAUUGUUCGUGAGGGCUAGAACUACCCCCCAUAUUUAACUGUCACUCCGAGGGAGACAGUUAGACAGGGGGCCUGAGAAGAGCUCACUCCAGGGUCUGCCCCUACAUUUGUGCUGUUCCCUUCCUCAGUCUCGCCGCAUGGGGUCAUUCUGGCCCCCUUUUCACACUCAUCUUCUGUCCUGUCCACCCAUCUUCAGCUGUGUUGAUGGUAUUGGUUGGGUGGCACUGCUACAUCUAGUCACAUUUCUAAAUGGAGCACGGUAGGAUCAACUCCAUGUAGGUUUAUUGUUAAAUGCACCCCUAUUCCCUCUCAUCUUGAGACCCAUCUUGCCUGAUUACCAUCCACCAGCUCCUGGCUCUUCUCUCUAACCCACUGACUUGAUCAAGGUUGUUGCUAGUGACUGUGGGCUGCUCGGUCUUGGUUCUGUAACUGCUUGUCUUCCUACAGGAGCUUCCCAGGGGGAUGGGGCCAUAGUAGUUGUGGGGAGGAGAGACACGGGGCUAAGCUGGGUGCGUGCAUUGGUUUGAAAGGGAUCUCAGCAAGUGGAGGCCUGGCCAGUAUGGUGUGAAGAAGCAAGCCUAAGAGCACAAAAGACUUCUAAGAAUGGCUAUGGAGGAGGGCUUUAACGCUCAUCUGCACACUCAAAGAACCUCUCCAUCCUUGCCCCCACCCCACCCCACCCUUCAGGAAGCAAGCUAUGAGAAUGUAAAGGCUGGUGCUGGACAUCUUCAAAUCCUCUCUGAAACUGGCUGGGAUGUCAGGCUACCAUGCGAGGGCCAGGGGACAGGGAUGGACUAUAUACUGCCACCGGACAGGCAUGGCUGGGCCUAGUCUUCCCACACGCACCAGGAGAAAUAAGGAAGAUGGAAGUUGUUGAAGGGACAUGUUGGCUCUUCAGAAAAGCUGCCUGGCAUCUCUCCAGAGCCCAGCCUUCUCGCCCCCAAAGAAUUCUGCCUUCUCUAUUUAUUAUUUUCUAUAGCUUCCCAGUGGUUCUGGUACUGUGUGCCUUUGUAACCAGAUUCCAACAGUGCUUUGGACCAUGGACUGUUGUGGGUGACUCAGCAGGAAGUGAAUGGUGCUCAGUGGAGGUGGAUAGGCUGGUCCUCAACGUUAAAUGAUGAAGUCUACUCCCAAAUAUCCACCCAACCUUCCUGCCGCCUAUGGGCCAACCCCUCCAGCUAGUCUUGUGCACAAUGUAAAACUCAUAGUCCAGCCAACACACCCUGUCUCAGCAGCAGCAAUUUCCCUCCCAGGAUGGAAGUUUGUUCAGGGGUUGGAAGGACAACUCUCCAGGUGGGUGGAUACAGGCAUGGGCUCUCCCUAUCCACUCCUAUUGCCACCAACUGGGGAGCUGCAACAACCUCCCCUCCCCAGGAUAUCUGCCAACCUUCAUGCCAAGGCUGCUCUCACCAGCUGCUGCAGAAGACAAGCAAGGUCUAUAUGUACAAAACUCUACAGCGUUCUUUUUACCAGCACCCUUUUAUAAGAAUAUAUUGUAAUACUUAAAAAAAAUAUUAAAUCCAUCCCCACCCCUA